AUGGGUGAAAAUCCCGAUGAGAACUCCCUGGUGACCCGAGGGAGACGCCUUAUCAAAGAAAGCGAAACACGCACAGAAGCGUACAUUCUCCGAUCCACCUACGAGGACCGGGGAGCACAAGAAACAAGUAAGGGGAAAGCUUGCUGGACGAAGACCACCGACAUCGAGGAUCAAGUGGAGAUCCUGGAAGACAGCCCGAGAGGGCCGGUUUGCGACGAGAAGGAGAAGAAGCCUGACGAGGCCGCCGCUCCGACCCGAGAGCAAGGCACAUCCGCGACAUGCGGAGAAGAAACAAGGAAGUUCCCGCGCUCAGCGGAGGAAACGUGCCAAAGUGGCAGCAUGCCCGCAACGUGGGGAGGAGAGACAUUUGACAGCCCGCAAUUGGCGGAGGAGACGUGCCAACGUGGUAAAAUACCCGAAAUGUGCGGAAGUGAAGGAACAACAACGUCUGAGAAGUAUCCUGAGGCGG